GUUUUAUACUACUAGUUAUACAAUUACGAUAGAAUGAGGUCGAUUGAAGAAAUUCGGGCUCUUUCGACGAUCGAUCCUGAAUUAGAUCAGUUACUCAGAAACGGUCUUGUACUGCCCCCAUCAUGGAAUAAAGACACGGACAUAUACGAAAUCCGCGCUCUGCUAUCCCAAAUAGCAGAAACAGAGAAAGGUCAACUAGACACUCGUAUCGAGGAGAAAGACCUACAAGUCCCUACAAGGGAUAAUGGGUGUAUUAAGGUUCGAGUGUAUCGUCUGAAAGAAUGGGCUGCGGAUUGGGGCGGUCGUCCGGGAAUAUUGAUGCUUCACGGCGGCGGGUAUAGCGUUGGCGAUUUGAAUACCGGUGCUCGGCUAAGCCGCGCGUUCGCAGACCUAGGUGGUAUUUCCGUGAACGUCGAGUUUCGGCUGGCGCCCGAACAUCCGUUCCCGGGGCCGGUUGAGGAUGCGUAUGAUGCUCUGGCUUGGGUUUCAGAGAAUCUCGAAAGCCUUAGAAUCGACCCAGCAAAAGGGUUUAUAGUUGCAGGCGAGAGCUCUGGAGCGAGCAUGGCCCUCGCAGUGGCGUAUCUCUGGGUAACGCAAAAAAAGGGCGCCACCUUGCAAAUCACAGGCAUAUACAGCAGUGCUAACUCAGCAGCGAGCGCAGAGACGGUGCCUGAAAAGUACAGGUCCUUUUUCUUGAGUAUGGAACAGAAUGCCCACGCUCCUGUGUUGGAUAUUGCCGCCAUUGAGCGUAUCAACGAGCUCUACAAGCCGGUCCCAAACAACCCCAUCGCAUAUCCGAUAGCCAUUGCCGAUCCCUCAAUCAUGCCUCGGACUUACUUCCAGGCGUGUGGCUUAGACCCUACGAGGGACUGUACUUUGGUUAUGGAGCAAGUCUGGAAGGACUCCGGUGUCCAGACGAAAAUCGAUAUUUACCCAGGCAUGCCUCAUAUAUUCUGGGCCUUGGGACUUCCUAUGCUGGAACAGAUCAAGAAGCAUGAGGCGGAUACUCGGGAUGGGCUCUUGUGGCUGCUGAGUUGAAAGGCGAAAUGAUGGCCCGGUAGAUUGACAGACUUGUCAAAGCUGAAUAAUCUAGUCCCCAUUCUAUUAAUUGGUCGCAAGCCAUUCUUUUUCUAUUUGA